AUGCCCCAAACGCGGCGCCUCCCUAGUCUUCUCCUUUCGAUUGGAGCAGAAAAUGACCCUGAUACUCGUCUCCGGCUCAUUAGCGGCCUCUGGACUCUCGGACUUUUUCAGCACUUGAAGCUGACUCGAAGGUUCCUCCAGACCGACGACGACGUCCAAGCACUCGAGGGAUUCUUAGAUUCGACUCCUGGGUUGCCUUUUGCCGUCACCACCGAUAGCAUCCUGAACAAUGAAGCUCAACUGCGACCGCAUUCACAGCUGAAUGCAUCUGCCAAGCUUGCGCAUCACGCAACAUCCCUGUCAGCACUACUGGCAUGCACAUUCACGACUAACCCGAAAGUCGUGGUACUAGUAAAGGGAAGCUCGAAGACGGUGGUGGGGCAAGGUGUUUUCCAUAAACAGGGGCUCUCUGGGACCUUCCGAAUGGCCGAUGAUGACGACAUUGAGGCCUUCGAGGACUUCUUAGAAUCGACUCCUGGAUUUGUUUUUGUUGAUGGCAAUGCCGCAAGGCUCAGCGGACGUAUGGAUGUAGGCGGUGAGAAAUACCUUUCGGGAUACUGGGAGCAGUCGCCGCGAGACCCGUGGCUAUUCCAGGAUAGUUUUACAAUUCCGCCAUCUAGGAGAAUGAUUUACGGCAUUAAUGAGCAUUUGAUGUCGCAAUGA